UAACAACCUGAAGGGUUAUACAGGGUAGACAUUAGGGUCAAACUUAACAAAUUCGCGGAAGUAGUUGAAUGUUAAAACGUCACCAUCUAGGAAUCCGUAAAUUAUUGCAAACUAUUAGACAAUUGACAUAAAGCUGAGUAUUCCUCAUUCGAGCAUGUUAACGAAAUCCCUUUAAGUGUAUUGAUAAGAUAGUUAUAGUAUGUUUAAGAAGUGGGGAAAGUGGCUUGGAGUAGAAACCGAAAAUGGCCAAGAAGAAGAAGAAGAAGAAGAAGAAGAAGAAGUAGUACAAGAAGAAGGAGCGUCUAUUGUUGUUGUUAGGGACGACACGGAUGUCCCUGAGAGGGAGCAGACCAUUGCUCAACCGCCUCAGCUGCUCCAAAAAGCUAAAGGCUUCAGUGGCUACAUUUAUGAUUUCGCCAGCAGUGCCUCAAAGAAACUGUCCGAGUCCGUCGUCGAAACAGCACAAACCCUGAAGAAAAGCGCGGAGGAAGGGAAGAUCAAUGGAAUUAUUGAUAAGACCAUUUUGGGUGAUUUCCAGAAAGAACAAGAAAGAUUUGUCCAAGAGAAAAAAGCUAAAACGUCUGGUGCUGCUGUACCACCGUGGGUUGGUUGUAAUGAAGAGGACACCAUACAGCAACAGAUUUUAGCGCUCUCAGCUGACAAAAGACAUUUUUUGCGAGAUCCUCCAGCUGGGGUGCAGUUUCACUUUGACUUUGAUCAAAUGUAUCCAGUCGCCAUGGCGAUGUUGGAGGAAGAUGAGCUCCUUCAGAAGAUGCGCUUCCAUCUGGUCCCCAAACAGGUGAAGGAGGAAGCCUUCUGGAAGAAUUACUUCUACCGUGUGUCUUUGAUCAAACAGUCCGCUCAGCUCACCGCUCUAGCAGCACAUCAGGCCGCUGAACGGAGAGACGUGGCGAGGACUGGCCCCAGUCCUCCUGAGACUCUUCAUCCAAAGGAUGUAGUUAAACGGAAGACGCCCCCUGCCGUCUGCAGCAUCAAACCAAAGUCAAGGGAGGAAGAGGAGGAGAUCUCCACCAGCCCGCCUGGGACGGAAUUUGUGAGCGAGGCUUUUGACUCAUGCAAGAUGAAUGAGGACGACCUGCGUAAAGAAAUGGAACAGCUGGUUCUGCAACCAGGCACACAUCAGGCAGAGACUCCUGACUGGGAGAGAGAGCUGCAGGAGGAACUUCAGGAGUACGACGUGUUGGCCGAUAACGACAACCGGGACGACAACUGGGACAGGGAGAUCGAAGAGAUGCUAAUGGAGGACAGUUAGAGGACUUACACAGUGGGCUCCAGCCUUAACUCUGUAAAGACCCCUUUAAAGUUUAGAGUCAGCCCUCAACUACAGAUGUAUUGCUCCCGGCAGAAUGAUUCAUUACAUCAUUGGUCCUCUAACAACUCUCACGAUAGAGAAAUACCACUGAACAUUUCAGUUUAGUAUUUCUAACGCCUUGAAAGUUUUAUCAGUGAAUAUUUAAUCUUUUCAGUUAAAAGAAGAGGAUAUACUGUCCUACAUGUCAAGUUCAUAAUGUGAUUCUUAGUUACACCUUCACAGCUUAAAAAAUUGCCUUAAACUCUGCCUCAGAGAAUUGAAGUGAGACUGUAAUUAUUGCUUUGCUUUUAAGCUGAAAGGUGGCCACUGUUGACACAAGUGACUAUUACAGGAUAAAGGUAAAUGAGUAAAGUAAAGAGGAGGAGUCACAAACUCAGCAAUCUGAUUCACCAACGUCUUUUGCACAGCAGUGUCUGCCUAAAGCUCGAUCUGCCUAGAGAAAUCCAAGUUAUCACCACCAAUGUUAAUUCCCAAACUAAAUGGCAUUGCUGCAUUAUUGGCAUGUCUUAGUUGUUUUGAACUUUUUUUUCAGAAAAUGGUGGAGGUAGAAUGGGAUUAGUCUUCUUCUAAAAGUUACAUAGGCUCACUUUUUUAAAUUAUCAUGAACCACGGCAGGUGAUUUUUCAUGUGCAGCAGUUUUUUUUUAAAACAAGGUUUAUCCUACAGUAUGACUGAGCCAACUUUUGUAUAUAGACAGUAAAUUAAAUUGAUGCUGUGAUGGUCGCUAAUAUGUGUUAGCCUAUUUUAAUCUACCGUUUUAUGAUGUGUUGACAGUGCUUUACGGUAUAGAAUGGGAUCCACAGUCAUACCUGUAACACGUAUUUUAUCAAAAUGACAACAUGGAUGACUGAAGAUGUAUAUUUUUUUUGAUUAAAUCUAUUGUCUCCACAUGCACACGUAUACAUGUACUGUAGAUGCUGAUAUAAUGAGCUUUGUGGAGACUGGAAUGUGCUCUUCCUGUCUCCAUACACAAUUUAUUAAUUCAUUAUCUUUUAUGUUUUGUUUUGUUUUUCACUUUAAAUGCAAACUUUAAUGUAGUGUUACUUUUUAAACCUUAACAUUUACCAGUUUCUAAAAAUGUGUUGACUUUUUCCUACACUCAUGCAUGUGAUCCUGUUAAAAUGUACGUAUGUGCGUUGUUUUUGGACACAGUGCUGUACUAGACAUA